ACGAACUAAAGUCGAGAUUUAUGUGGAAACGUCCGCUCUAACUUGGUUUUUAUGUCUCGGUAUGUAGUCAGUGUGAGUUUAAUCGACCACAUGGCGUUUAAAUUUCGCUGUUGCAGUAAAAUAUAACCCUGAAGGAUCUCUGGAUGUUUUUUUAAUGCCUUAAAGUGAUGAAAACCCAGGAAGCACCACCGCCGGUCCACGUCCACGUACCUGAGACCACACCUGUCCAUGUUCACAUGAGGAGGAGUCCCAGCAGAACCACACCGGGAAGAAACAAGCAGCACAGGACCAAAGAUACCCCAGUGAAGAAAGAUCAAGGGAAGCCAAAGACCAGGGCGCCAUGGAUCCCCCCAGGACGGCUGCCCUGCAGAAGAGAUGAGAGUAGAGUACAGCAUCAGCCAGAAAGAGGAAAUGGACAUCAGUUCGAUGCUGACGAGGAUGAAGAAGAGGAAGAGUUGGCAGCAGUGUCCAAAAAUCUCCGCACCCUUCUCCAAGAGCAGGAAAGCAUCCGUCGAUUAGAUAACUCUGACGUCAGAGGACCGACCAGAGAGUCCGCCGUUCUCCUGAGGACGCUCGUAGAGGCUGAAAUUGAUGGUGUAGCAGUAGCCAAUCAGCUGGCAGCCCUGAAGGAAACUAUAGACAGCCUUGUGAGGGAUAAGCGCCUAACGAAGCUGAACACAGCGUCCCUGAGGCAACAGCGGCAGCUUUUGUUAGAGAAGAUCGCAAUAUUUGACAGCACCAAUCACAGCCUGCGAGGGCUCCUCCUGAAGUGGACUGAGUUUGAGAGAGAAUCUUUGAUUUGGUUGGAGCAGAAAGACGCCAUAAAGAAGAGACUGGCCGACAGUGAAGCAGAGAACAUCCGACUUUUAUCCAAACUGACCAACAAAGAGAAGGAGGCGUGCACACUUGCGGAGCAUUUGGACUUUGAAAAGGACAAAGUGGAGACCACAGAGGAACUUUCAAGAGUCCUUCAGUCGACCCGGGACCAUCUGCAGUCUGAGCUGAAUUCAGCAGAAGCUGAAAAGAGCCGCCUGGCUGCUCAGAUUCAGAGGAUGCAGCAGACCCAUGAGGAACAGCAGGAGGAGCUGCAGACUCUGCAGGAGGAGCUGAAGACUGUGAGGCAGCGGAUAGAGGAGGAGAAGAAGGAGCAGGAGCAGAGGGAGCGAGAGGCGCUGGCCCUGCUGACCAGACAGGCCGAGGGAGCAGAGGAGACCGCCAAGCAGCUCACCACCAAGCUGCAGGAGAAGGAAACCCAGUUAGCUCAAGCGCUGUCCACGUCCAGUGACUGGUGCCUCCAACACUCAAAAGAAGCUGCCGCUAGACGUCUUCUAGAGGAGGAAGCAUCUGCUCUCAGACUACAAAUAACGGAGCUGGACUCAAAAAAUCACUCAACAGAGGAGAAGAGUCGAAUAGAGAGGGAAGAGCUCCGGGAUCAGAUCCAACAUCUUAGCGCUGAAAACACCUCCAAUCAGCUGGAGAACCAAAAACUCAAGGAUCAGCUGAGGUGGUCUGAGGAGAAGCUCGGAGGUCUGCAGUCUGAAGCUCGUCAGCUGAAGUCUGGGAUCAGCAAACACGAGAACCUGCUGGAGAAAUACAAGAAGAAGGUGCAGCAGGCUCGUCUGGAGUCGGACGACUGUCGUCUGAAGCUGGAGGUGACGAAGCAGGAGGCGCGGGAACUGAAGGCGAGCCUGGAGAGGGAGAAGGAGCAGCUGAGGAGGGAGCUGCUGGCUCGCCUCAGAGAGCUCGAGACGCUGCCCGACAAACUGAGGCGCACCGAGCAGCAGCUGAGGGACGCCCAGCAGGAGGCCGAGGCCAAGGAGAGGAGGAACAUGGAGCACAGCACGACCCUGUCUGAAAUCAGACACAAGGUGGAGCAGCAGGGCGAUUCUCUGGUGACGUUUCAGCAAAAGAACGUGCUACUGCAGGAGGAGAACAACGUCCUCAAAGAGAAACUCCACAACUUAGAGAGACGUCUGGAGGACCUGAGGGUAGAAAACAAAGAGAUGACUCUCUCCCUCACCUUAAAGGAAGACGGCACCCGCAGCCUUCAGCAGCAGCUGGAGGAGAGGACGCUCGAGUGCGGCGUCGUGUCCCGACAGCUGCAGCAAACGCUGGACGACGUCCAGAGACAGGUGGAUAAGAGCAUGCAGAGGGUUUUGGCAAAAGAGAAAGCGUCUCAGGCGAAAGCGUUGGACCUGCAGAGCCAGCUGAACCUCGCCAAAACAGAGCAGAGUCAGCUGCAGAAGAGCAAGGAGGAGAGUUUCUGUGUUUUUAUUUUUCUCAGAUGGAGCGCCGUUUUAACAUUCAGCUGCAGAACUUGAAGGAACAACUAGAGCUGUCCAACUCUACUAACCGCACUCUGAAGAACUACGUCCAGUUACUUAAAACCUCGUAUGGAAACGUGUUUGGAGAUCCUUUAUUCAGCAGCUGACCCUCCAGCGUGACCAACAUCCAUUCAUUCCCAAGGCAUUUUCAUCUGCCUGCAAACAUCCAGUCCUCUAUGGCAGUGGUUCUCAACCUUGGGGUUGGGACCCCCUUAGGUGUCUUGAGACACUGAGAGGGGGUCCCCAGAUUCCAUGAAAAACUAAGAAUAUUUUUCAAAUUACACUGUUGCCACUUUACACAAAUUUUUGCCAAAUUUAACCCCUUUUCAUCAUUUUCCCCACCAAUUCAAACACAUUCUUACCAUUAAACACCCAUUUUUGUCCAUUUUAAA